CUGCUCCAGCUCUUUGGGAGACCUCGGCACUGGGAUGACUCUCCUCCCGCCAUGGGUUCCUAGUUGAACCUGCCUCCUCCCAAGGGUGUCUCGAAGCCACUCCUUGCGACCAUGACAGCCAGAAGAAGCCGAGCCGGGAACAAGAGGCCCCGAAUCCAGCCCUCCCCUGCGCUAGCAGCGAGGCGCCCGAAUCGGCAGGAGGCGAAGCGAGCCCUUGCCACGGCUGAGUAGAAGCAGUCAGACAGGUUUGUGGCCGAGCUGCUCUAGCCAGGGCUCCGGAGAUGGGAAGCUACUUGUCUGCUCCAACUUCCUUCCUUCCAAAGGAGCCCUUUCGUUGCUCCGAAUGCCGGGACCUCCUCACCAACUGGUACUAUGAAAAGAACGAGAAGCUCUACUGUCACAAGGACUACUGGAGGAAAUUUGGUGAAUCGUGCCACGGCUGCUCUCUUCUGAUGACGGGGCCAGUCAUGGUGGCUGGUGAAUACAAGUACCACCCAGAAUGCUUUGCGUGCAUGAGCUGCAAGGUGAUAAUUGAAGACGGCGACACCUAUGCCCUGGUGCAACACUCCGCCCUCUACUGUGGCAAAUGUCAUAACCAGAUUGUUCUGACACCAAUGAUCGAAAGGCUGUCUACAGAGUUUCUGUGUGAACAGCUGCCCUACACGCUGACUCUCAUCUCCAUGCCUGCGGCCACUGAUGGCAAGCGAGGGUUCACGGUGGCUGUCGAAGGUGGCUGUUCAGCCUAUGCCACUAGCGUCCAAGUGAAAGAAGUCAACCGAAUGCAUAUCAGUCCUGAUGUUCAAAACGCUAUUCACCCUGGAGACAGGAUCCUGGAGAUAAACGGGACCCCAAUUCGCACACUACAGAUGGGAGAGGUAGAGGACCUGAUUCGCAAGACGAGCCAAACUCUCCAGCUGUUGAUUGAGCAUGACCCUGUCUCCCAGCGCCUUGACAGGCUGCGCCUGGACUCCCGGCUGCCUCCCGGGCACCAUAAGAAGCCCUCUUCCCCCUGCCCCAUCUCUGCUCUGGACCUUAAGGAGAAUCUGGAAGGAACGCUGCGGCGGCGCUCCCUCAGGCGAAGCAACAGCAUUUCCAAGUCCCCCGGCCCCAGCUCCCCAAAGGAACCGCUCAUCCUCAGCCGGGAUAUCAGCCGUUCUGAGUCGCUCCGCUCUUCAACAAGCUGUUCCCAGCAGAUCUUCCGUCCCUGUGACCUGAUUCACGGGGAGGUGUUGGGGAAAGGCUUCUUUGGCCAAGCUAUCAAGGUGACUCACAGAGCAACCGAGAAGGUGAUGGUGAUGAAGGAGCUGAUUCGUUGUGACGAGGAAACGCAGAAGACCUUCUUGACAGAGGUAAAAGUCAUGCGCAGCUUGGAUCAUCCCAACGUCCUGAAAUUCAUUGGGGUGUUGUACAAGGACAAGAAGCUCAAUCUUCUCACAGAGUACAUUGAAGGCGGGACUCUGAAGGACUUCCUCCGGAAUGUGGAGCCAUUUCCUUGGGAGCAGAAGGUCAGCUUUGCCAAAGGCAUUGCCUCAGGAAUGGCUUACCUGCACUCGAUGUGCAUCAUUCACCGAGACCUGAAUUCCCACAACUGCCUGAUCAAGCUGGACAAGACGGUGGUGGUUGCCGACUUUGGCCUCUCCCGGCUGAUCGUGGAGGAGAAGAAGAAGCCCACCCUGGAAAAGCCCUCGGCCAAGAAGCGCACCUUGCGCAAGAGUGACCGGAAGAAGCGCUACACUGUGGUGGGGAACCCCUACUGGAUGGCGCCAGAGAUGCUGAACGGGCAGAGCUACGACGAGACGGUGGACAUCUUUUCCUUCGGGAUAGUGCUUUGUGAGAUCAUAGGACAAGUGUAUGCAGAUCCGGAUUGCCUCCCCCGCACUCUGGAUUUUGGCCUCAAUGUGAAACUCUUCUGGGAGAAGUUUGUUCCUGUGGACUGUCCCCCUGGCUUCUUCCCUCUGGCAGCCAUCUGCUGUGGACUAGAGCCGGAAAGCAGGCCCCCAUUUUCCAAACUGGAGGAUUCUUUUGAAGCCCUUUCUUUGUACCUGGGGGAACUGGGGAUCCCCCUUCCCUCAGAACUGGAAGAACUGGACCACGCUAUCAGCGUGCAGCAUGGGCUGAUCCGGGAUAAGCUACCAAGAAACCUCACCUAGCCCUCGUGUGCACCUUCCAUGGAUUACCCUUGGGGGAGUGGGCGGGGGCGUCCAGGAGAUGACAUAGCUGAUCUCCAAACCUUCACAGGGCAUUAAUAAGGCACCAGUUUGCCUCUCGCUGCCUCACCUUUGACUACCUUCCUCCUGUGGAUUUGUGGCACGUGCUGGAGGAAGAGUCCUGUCCCACCAGUGGCUGUAGUACUGACACACUCUAGCUUUGGAAACACAAUUUGCAAGUGCCCCCCCCCCCCCGGUGCAUCUCAUCAUGGUGGUACCUGAGGACGUGAUAGACUGCAAGGUGUGACGAUUCCUGGCUGCUCAGCUCAUGAAGCAAAGCAGUGGAGCCUGGGAACUUUGCCUGGAGGCAACAGGCCGUGUUGCCCUUGACCUAGGCUCCCGCAUCUGUUGUUGGAGAACAUGAGAAGAGGGGGCUUGAGCAUUUCUACACCUCCCGCCCCCAAAGAAGGGUGUUCUUCUUCUUUAGGGGCAACUGAAAUACAUCCUCUCUGGCAAAUGACUCCCCCUUCCCGUCACUUCACUCUGCAAAUACCUCCAAACGUACGUUCAAAAACACUACUCAGCCAAGAUGGGAACUGGAGUUCCGUUGUUGGGGGAAAAGAAGCUGUGCACCUCGCUGGGAUUGCUCAGGAAUCGCAGGCAUCUGUUGAGUUGCUUUUGGCUGUCAGAGACGCUGUGCUGUGCUGGGGGGGGGGUUUCCACAGCUUGAAAAAGCUGGAUUUGAGCAAAGAGCCGCUUUCCGUUUGACAUGACCUGCAGCUGGCAGGGAAUGAGACCACUUUCUUGUCCGGGAACCCACUAUUCCAGAGGCCUCGUUCUGUCCUGCGAGUCACUACCUCUGUCCUCCAUUUCAGGCCUCCCUUCCCUUUAGACUGAAAAGCAGCUGUCUCCUGGCCUGCCUCUUCACAUGCACAGAAGCACACUUGCUUCCUGGGUGUGCCAAGAAUGGAGCAGGAACCAUCUCCAGCCUCCCUCUUCUGUGGUGAGGGUGGCCCACGCACUACACUGUUUGACUUGCCUGGAUUGUUCCCGUUUUCAGAGGGCAUCAGCAAAAGCGACUUCUGGAGAAACCCAACAGAACGUGAAUUUGUUCUGGCCCACACCUGCUUGUUUUGGCUUUUGGCCUGAAUGUCUCUCGGCUCCCUUCCUCCUCUGCCCUCGGAUCUGGACACCAAGGGGCCCACUCUUCCACUUAGAGCAGCUAAAGACACGUGAAGCCUCCUGUAGCCCAAGCCAAUUUUAGACUCGAGUGUCUCUGUUAAUCCUCCGAGGGUUAAGAACCCCCGGGCCUUCCUUCAUACAUGGGGUGGGGGAAUGUCUCUAGGUCCAGUGCAUUUAGAUCAAAAUGCUGCUCCCCCUCUUCAUAAAUUUGGGAGUCUUGUCUAAACUGGGGGUUGGGAGCUUGGGUCAUGUGUUCAAGAGACUCUGAACUCUUUUUUAAUUGCACAGCAAAAUGUUUUGAGUAAAUUAAAAGCAAUAAACUUCAUCCUAUGAAAGUGAA